CAAUAAUUUGUGGUAGGGAACCCACCACCACAAAGGAAGAGAAGAAAUUAGGAUCUGACCGCUCUGCUGAACUAGGUUCCAAAGUUAAUCAGUUUAUUCUGAGGAGGACAAAUGCUUUAUUGUCAAACCACCUACCACCAAAGAUAAUUGAAGUUGUUUGUUGCAAGAUGAUACCACUCCAGUCAGAGCUGUACAAUCAUUUUAUACAUUCGAAAAAUGUGAAACAAACUAUCACUGAAGAAGCAAAACAGUCAAAAAUCUUAGCUUACAUAACAGCUCUCAAGAAGCUUUGCAAUCAUCCGAAGCUGAUAUGCGACACGAUACGAAGUGGAAGUCCAGGGACAUCUGGUUUUGAGGACUGCAUCCGCUUUUUCCCUCCAAAAAUGUUUUCUGGAAGGUGUUGCUCAUGGACUGGUGGAGCUGGGUUGUUGGUUGAACUGUCAGGGAAAAUGAAUGUCUUAGCCCGACUUCUGUCUCAACUUCGUCAGAAAACAGAUGAUAGGAUUGUUUUGGUUUCCAACUACACACAG